UUUCUUGUCAGUUUGAUUCCUCUAAUGAUGCACUUUUUGGUGGUAAACUUCAAUUAUCAUUAUAUUUGUAUUUGUGUGUAAGCAUACUCUCAUGUAAUGGUACAUUUCAUAAACAAUCGAUGGAGUAAAAGGCAUCAUUUAAAGUGCAUAAGUAUUUAUAACAAUUAUGUAAUAGACGCGUAAUAUUGAAUAAUUUUAAGAUAAAUAUAUAUACAGUAAAAUAUUAUGAAUUCGAUCUCACUGUUUCAUCAUUAAAAGGAAGUCAUUAAAAUUAAGAGAAAUGUAUAAAGUAAACAUGGAACUAAGUUGUUCGUUUUUUAAUAUAUUCAUUAUUUUGCUUGUUUCUGUUGAUUAUACAAAAUGUAUGUCAAAUGUAAUAAGUGGCAAAAUACUUAUACCAGUAUCAUUUGGGGCUUAUGCUUCAUUGGAUUAUCCAUUCAUAGUAUUGUGGGGGGAACAUAUUUAUAGACCUUAUAAAAUACCAUUUUAUUAUGGUAAGUAUAACGAUAAAUAUAAUUACUACUAUUAUCCUAAUUAUAAUUCGCAAUCGGUGGUACCCACUGAAUACAGUUCAUCAUUAUCAUCAUAUGAGAAUUAUGGAGAUAAUCAUAAUAAUGAAAUAUUGGAAAGUGAACGACAGGCGGAAGAUUUAUAUUAUUAUGACAGAAAUACAAAUGAUAAAACUUCACCUACCAGUCAAAAAGAUGAUCGAAGUUAUAAAAAUGACGAUUAUCAGACAUCCUUUUAUGAUAAUAUUAAAUAUACCCAGCCAGAUUAUAACGCAGUUAAGAAAAAUAAAUCAAAUUCUAUGUAUAGUAAAUACAAUUACAAGAUGCCUGAAGUUACAAAUUCACAUAACAGGAAACGCUUACACAAAGAAUCGACAUACAAGUAUAAAACUAAUGUACAUAAACUAAAGAAAUUCGGAUAUAAUGAUCAAUACAAAGUAUCAAAGACAGUUUAUUCUAAUGAUAACCUUAGAAAAUAUCACAACAAUAACAGAAAAGUAAGCUAUCAAUCAAGUAAAUCUAAUGAUCACCAUCAUAUCGAUGAUCACUAUCAUGUCGAUGAUCACCAUCAUAUCGAUAAUCACCAUCAUAUCGAUAAUCAUCAUUAUAUCGAUGAUCACCAUCAUAUCAUUGAUCAACAUCAUGUCGAUAGUGAACAUCAUAUCGACAAUGAACAUCAUAUCGAUAAUCACUAUCAUAUCGAUGAUCACAUAAUUAGGUCUUUAAACAAGAAUAACGAUAAGUUUGCAACAAUGAAAUUGAAAUAUUAUGAUCAACUUAUUGAUUAUAUGAGUAAACCGGAUUAUGAUAAUAAAAAUUAUAAUAAAUUUAAUUAUAGAAAAUAUCAAAAUCCUAAACGUGUUUACAAGAAACCAAUGAUCAAUGGUCGAGAAAUGUUAAAUGAUGUUUAUGAAAAAGGAAAUUAAAGAAUGGCGAUAAAAAACUUCGAGAGGAAUACAGUAAUGAUCGAAAUGAUAAACCAAAACCUGACAGUGAAAAGAAUUAUAUUGAUAGAAAAACCAAUUAUGAUGAGGGGACAAAUAGAAAAGCCCAAAAAACAAAAUGGGUAAAUCAGAAAAGAAGAGGGAAGACAAUAAAAAAGAGGUUAAUAAAGAAGUAAAACAUCCAAGUGAAGAUGAUGUUAGUGUGAUUAAAGUUGUCAAUGAAUACGCAUAAACAUAGAGUGAUGAAUAUAAUAAUAAUGUAAUGAUAAUUUAAUCCUAAAUACAAUAAUUUAAUGUAAUAAUAAUAUGGUUGCCUUUUUAUAAUUCUGUUAUGAACUGUUGAUCAUUCAUUCUGAAAAUCAAAAUGAACUUCAAUGAAUAAAAGUUGGUAAAAUGAUUAAUCAGGUUUGCAAUAAAACUUAUUUCUCUUUCUUAAAAAAAAACUUUUGUACAGACUCAUUGUACUUAAGGGUUUAAUCUACUGAUUACGAUCAUUUCUAACGUCCGAUCAGUCGAGUUAUGCAAAGAGACAAGAGACCAAACUUGCGUAGCAAACUUUAUUGCCAAUAGCUAAAUAGUGUGCUUGUAGUUCAUACAAAUAUUUAGGUGAUCAAAAUGUUAUGGGAAAAAAAACAAUCUUUUAUAAGUGACAAUGGUUAAGUGAAUAAUUUAACAAUCAUAGCUUGAUCAUAUUUGGAUCUUAUUUACUGAGGAAAAUCUUAAGUCAUUAUGUGGUUUGUACAACUUGAUUUUGAAUGUAAUUCUUACAGAAAUUGUAAAUAGCUAAUUUUGCAAUACUUUUUAUCCAUAAACUUGUUUUAUUGGAAGUUGGAUUUCAGAGACGUUUGUGCCAAAAUCUAGCUACCUGUUUACUUUUAGAAAUUUAGAAUUAAAUAAAUUCAACUCUUGCAUAAUAUAUGUUAUUACUUCUGCUUUCAAAUAGGC